AUGAUUGUUCUGAUGAAUACAUUCAAUGAUGGGUGGUCGGGGCUUCCAUUUAAGGUUGCCUAUGCAGGGGUCUCGGUUACGCCGCCUAAGGACAACAUCACCACGCUCACUUUAGCUGUUCGCGAUGUGAUAUAUCCGAUGGACUAUAUCCAGAAACAGCUCCGCCUUCCCCCGCAAAAACCUGAUGCAGUGAUAACCGAUUCAAUGUUGGACGCUUUACGCGAGUACAGCGAAAGCCGUUUCGUAAAGGUCACAGGAAUCGGCAUGCCUGCGGAGUUGAUCAGCACUUGCCCACAUCUCACGUCUCGCCUGUGGUUGGAAAACGACAUAAUCCCUCUGGUGGUGGAUUGUGACAAGGUGGCUAUGGAAGGCGAUCAAAAUACCCCCUGGGGCCACCGAGCACUGGACGAGCAGGCUGAGGUUUUGGCCAUGAAAUGCGUGAGGGUGUUCGGUCCACUGAACAUCCCCAUCCUGCAGGUCGGCUAUCGCGGCUUAGUUGAGGUCAACUCUCACUUCCACAUGCAUAUUGCAUCCUCGGAGAACUAUCAGAACACUGUUGGCGCACAAACUUGGGACAUUUUGCAGAUAAUCGCAUCAGAAGUGCGACCUAAAGAGUUGCGUAUCGCUCUAUUUAGCGCAACACCACAGGGAGGGGGUGUAGCGUUGAUAAGGCAUGCAUUCGUUCGUUUAGGAAGACUCCUAGAUUUGGAUAUCAAGUACAACCGAUAUUGGGCUUCUGAUGGUGGCCCACUCGAUGACCCUUCGAAUGGAGGUGCAGACAUCAUUGUGGUAGAUCAUCCGCAAAUGCCAGAUCUGAUCCAGAUCGCAAAGGAAAGGAGCCCUGCCCGCCCCGUCAUCUACCGCAGCCACAUCCAAAUCAGAACGGACCUCGCGGAGACGCCACACACACCUCAGGCUAGAACCUGGAACUGGCUUUGGAAACGUGCCCAGCACGCAGACAUCUUCAUCAGCCACCCAAUCCCGGAUUCGGUACCACGAGAUGUCCCCAAAGCCAUGGUGGGCUAUAUUCCGGCAUCUACAGACAUCUUGGAUGGUCUGAAUAAGGAUAUGCGCGACUGGGACAUCGCACACUACGGCCGAAUCUUCAACCAGUGGUGCAAAGAAGCUGGAAUGCCAACAGUUGAUUAUCCAACAGAGAAGUAUUUCGCUCAGGUGGCUCGAUUCGACCCCUCCAAAGGCCUAUUUGACGCUUUGGACGGAUACAGUAUGUUUUAUGAUCAUGUUCAGAAGACGAGUUCUUCCACCAAAGUUCCGAAACUAGUUAUUUGUGGACACGGGUCUGUGGACGACCCUGACGCAACCGGGACCUAUCAAGCGGUCCUCGAGCGAAUAGACGAGAAGAUGCCUCGCCUGAAAGACUUGAUCUGCGUUAUUCGCGCCAAGCCGUCUGAUCAAGUCUUGAAUGCGAUCCUCUCCAAAGCCAAAAUUAUCUUACAGCUCUCGACCUGCGAAGGGUUCGAGAUCAAGGUGUCAGAGGCGUUACGCAAAGGGAAGCCUGUUAUUGCAACGAAUGUUGGUGGACUUCCUUACAGGUCAAGCAUAACGAAACUGGCUUCGUGA